GCAAAGAUGCCAACCCCGAACAUCUCCACCUCUGCAGCCAAAGGCUUCCGCAGGGCGGUGUCGGAGCUGGACUCCAAGCAAGCCGAGGCCAUCAUGUCUCCACGGUUCAUUGGAAGGCGUCAAAGCCUCAUUGAAGAUGCCAGGAAGGAAAGAGAGGCUGCAGCUGCAGCCACUGAUGCUGCAGAGUCUACAGAGACCAUUGUAUUCGAGGAGAAGGAUGGCAGAGCCAUGCUGAACCUCUUCUUCAUGCUCAAGGGAUCCAAGACUUCACCACUGUCCCGUGUCCUUAAGGUGUUUGAGACAUUUGAAGCUAAAAUUCACCACCUGGAGACCAGGCUUAGCCGAAAGCCCCGUGAAGGGACUGCUGAACUGGAAUACUUUGUGCGCUGUGAAGUCCACAGCUCUGACCUCAAUACCUUCAUUAGCUCCAUCAAGAGGGUGGCAGAAGAUGUGAGGACCACUAAGGAGGACAAAUUUCACUGGUUUCCCAGAAAAAUCUGUGAGUUGGACAAGUGCCACCAUUUGGUCACCAAGUUUGACCCCGACUUGGAUCUGGAUCACCCGGGCUACUCUGACCAAGUGUAUCGCCAGAGAAGGAAAUCAAUAGCAGAGAUUGCUUUUCACUAUAAACAUGGGGACCCCAUCCCUCACGUGGAGUACACGGCUGAGGAGACAGCUACCUGGAAGGAGGUGUACAGCACCCUGAAGAGCUUGUACCCCACCCAUGCCUGCAAGGAGUACCUUGAAGCUUUCAGUCUACUGGAGAGAUUCUGUGGCUACAAUGAGAACAACAUCCCUCAGCUGGAGGAGGUUUCCCGCUUCCUGAAAGAGAGGACUGGCUUCCAGCUGAGGCCGGUGGCUGGCCUGCUGUCAGCACGGGACUUCCUGGCCAGCCUGGCGUUCCGCGUCUUCCAGUGCACGCAGUACAUCCGCCACGCGUCCUCGCCCAUGCACUCCCCGGAGCCGGAUUGCUGUCACGAGCUGCUGGGGCAUGUCCCGAUGCUGGCUGACAAGACGUUUGCCCAGUUCUCCCAGGACAUUGGGCUGGCGUCUCUGGGAGCAACUGAUGAAGAAAUUGAGAAACUAGCAACGCUUUACUGGUUUACAGUGGAGUUUGGGCUCUGCAGACAGAAUGGAAUAGUCAAAGCCUACGGAGCCGGGCUCCUCUCUUCCUAUGGGGAGCUCAUACACUCCUUGUCAGACGAGCCAGAGGUGCGGGACUUCGACCCUGAUGCUGCAGCUGUUCAGCCCUACCAGGACCAGAACUACCAGCCUGUUUAUUUUGUGUCUGAAAGCUUCAGUGAUGCCAAAAAUAAACUGAGGAGCUACGCGGCGCACAUCAAGCGGCCCUUCUCGGUGAAAUACGAGCCCUACACGCACAGCAUCGAGCUCCUGGACAGCCCCCAGACCAUCUGCCACUCCCUGGAGAGCGUGAGGGAUGAGCUCCACUCGCUGGUGAACGCGCUCAAUGUCAUCAGUUAGUACAAGAACUGAGCCCCCCGUCCCCUCUCCGCCCCUCAGCCCUGCCCUCACCUGGUUCCCAGCCGGUAAUUCCUGCCUGUCUCCAAACAUUGGCACUGCUGCCUGGCACCACGCGACCCCAACAGCUUCCCACUUCUGUGUGUAGGGCCAGCUCGGAGGAGGGCAGUGGGAUGCACCCAAGGCCCGCUGGCUUUUUGGGUAGCUUUUCUAUUGACUGCUGGAGGAGGCUUAGCAGAGACAAAAAGCUAACAAGGUGAUGUCAAGAGAUGGGUGCUAGGCUCCUGGGUGCAAGGAAGAGGAGAAAAUCUACUUUAUUCAACAACAACAACAACAAAAAGCUACAAUUAUUUUAGAUUGCAGUUUGAGGGAAAAAUUUAAUCUGCCUUUUUAUACCCCCAAAACAACUCCAUGAGUCUUGUUCUUAGUUAUCCUAAUAUUGCCAUCACCUGAUGUAGCUCAGGUGUGUGACUGAUGCUAUUGCUGGCCAUUUCCAAGGAAGGUAAACAUCUGGUUUGGAUGCUCAAACCCAGUUUCAUGCAGUUUUCAGUGUAGAUAUUAACAGCUUGAUCUGACCCAGAGCUCUCGGUUUU